UGCUCCGAGCUUGAUGGAAAGCGCGCUGCUCAGCCCUUUCCCAGGGCCAAGGAUCCCCUCACCCCGCGCUCCCACAGCACCCCUUCCGACGCUGCAUUCUUCUCGGGGCUCGCCGCCUCCGCUGCCUGCCGGGCUCCACCCAGCUUCUGCUCCGCCUCCCGUCUCGCUUUGUUGAUGUUUCACUUAGUUUUAAUUCCCGGCUCCCAAGAUGGAGGCGGCGCGGGAGGCACACGAGUUCUUUCGGCUGGUGGCGGGGCUCCUUCUGCUGUUGCCCCCCUGCUUGGCUGCUCCGGACCCCACAGCCGCUUUCUCCCAGCUCGUAAGCCAGGAAAGCAUAAGGAUUAAAGUUAAUAUGCUGGAAAACAAUGGGGACAUUCAGGAAAGACAGGUUGUCCUUAAUAUAUCCUAUGUUAAUGGCCAGGUGUAUGUAAAUGACUUCCCACUGAAGAGUGGAGUUGCAAGAAUAAAGUGUCAGACUUUAAUACUGGAAAAUGGAAGCUCUAACACUAAACUGGAUCACAAGCGGUUGGGCAUUGUCAGCGUUCGCAUUAUGGUCCACGAGUGGCCAAUGGCAUCCAGCUCCAACUUACAGUUGAUUGUUGUUCAGGAGGAAGUGACAGAAAUUGAUGGAAAGCAGGUUCAGCAAGAUGAUGUGACUGAAAUAGAUAUAUUGGUAAAGGACUCAAGAGUCCUUCGACACACAAAUUACACUGUUCCACUGAAGGAAAGUAUGCUGUAUUCCAUCCCCAGAGACAAUGAUGCCUUAUUCACACUUCCAAACAUUGCAGGAAAAGUGGAUGUUGAAAGUCCACUACAAACAACCAGCCACUAUCUUCUCAGACAAGUAGAAACGACAAUUGAUGAAGAGACAAUGCCUGGCAAAUUGCCAGAGACUCCCCUCCGAACAGAACUUCCAUCCUCCUAUAAGGUAAUGUGCCAGUGGGUGGAAGAACUGAGGAAAGAGCUUUGCAGACUCUGGCUUAACUCCUUCCCAGUGUUCUUUAAUCUUAUGGAGGUCAUUGUGGUUGGAGUGGUUGGAGCAGCUUUAAUCAUAAAAGUCUUAAAAGUGUGCUGUCCCUCAUGUGAACCUAGGGGCAUCCUCCAGCUUGAUGCCAAUGUCAUACCAGUGGUUGCGAUCAGCUUACUUCAAGAUAUUCCAGAGAAGACAGAUAAUAUAGAGGAAAAAUGUAUUUAAAAACAUUUACUGUAAUUGUAUGAAUUUGUUGACCUGACAUUUGGCACUUGAUUCUUAAUAUAUUAUGUAAUUUUUCCUAUAUUAAGCCUAUGAACUGUCAAUGUUUAAAAGACACUUAAGGCUGAGGCCUGAAAGAGUGAAUCUUGUUCCUCUUCAUUUCAACCAUCCUAAUAUAUCUUGCCAAAAGAAAAAAAAGUAGCAGUUUCCUUACAUAAGGACUUCACUAAGUUCUAACUUCUAUGAAGUAAUUGCCCUACACUGAUUGCAUGAACAUGCCAUGCUAAUCCAAAUAACUUCUACUUGGAAAUACCUGGAGAUUUGAAUACUUUUCCAUGUAAAUAUGAUUAAGAUUACAGCCUUAAGCUCUACAGAGCAAUCGAAAAUAAGUGAAUAGGUCCCAGCAACAUGGAAUAGAGUAAUAGUGUGAACAGGAUUAUACACAUCUGUGACAAAAGGAAAGCUACUUUAGGCCUAUUAUCCUUAAGCGUGCCUUGUGGAAGGGGUCAGGAGCUUUCUUACUGUCUUACACAAGUAGGUUAUUGCUGCAAUUCUUUUUUCCCCCCUCUUCAAAGGCAAUCGGACAUUACAAGCACUUUAUUCAGUCAUUUUAAAUAAGGUCUCUCCCCACUAAAAGUUGUAAGCAUUUGUAAAACUGUGCUUCUUGAAAUUGUAGUACAGUAUGUCUCUUGCCCAAGAGCACAAAUGUCUUUUUUAAGAUGUUGAUGUACUAAGAGCAGUUUUACAGAUUUGUAUGAUCACAACUUUACAAUAAAUCAUUACCUGUUGAGAGAAACUGGA